AUGCGGGCCUCGGGGCCAACCAAGGCGGACAUCCAGAGUUGGGCAGAGUUUCGGCCUCAGAUGAAUAGUGACCCGGUGCUGAUCGAAGCACGGGUUAAUAGAGGUAUUCAGGUGCGCGCCCUUGUUGAUACCGGAUGUGACUGCUACGCCGUAAUCGACGAAGCUGUAGUUAAGAGACUGCGGAUUCCAUUUAUCGACAGGAAUCCAAGGCGGUUAGGUGGGUUUUCCGAGGCGACUAAAGACGUGAUGUCGCCAGGGAUUGUAGUCUUUAUGAUGGAGACUGGAGGAUACGACGAACGCAUCUUUGCUUAUGUCGUUCCGCGGUUAGGCCAAGAUGUGUUCCUGGGCCGGCCGUGGAUGAAGAAGAACAAGGUGGUAUACGACGCGGCUGAACAGCGAGUCUACCACGGGGUUGCCGGCAUUACCAUACGGCUCUUAGGACAGGAAGAGCCCGAAGGGGUAAAGGCGAUCCGAGCCGCCCGUGUUGUGCCGGCGGCUGUGUUUGCGGCAGAGUGCUGCCGAGGGAGGAAGCGCCGAGGGCACGGCGCGGCCGCAGUGCAAGCGAUCAGCCUGUCUGAUAUUGAGAAGGCAUUGAGGCCAAAACAGCCAGUGGAUCCGAGUAAGACAGUUCCCAAGGAAGUGCUGGACGAAUUCAAAGAUCUAUUCUCGCCGGAAGAAGCGAUGAAGCUGCCUCCGCACAGACCAGGGGUCGACCACGAAGUACAUUUGCAACGUGAUAGCGACGGGAACGAACCACCACUGCCGUGGGGACCAUUGUAUAGUAUGUCCCGCGAGGAGCUCCUCGUGUUGCGGAAAACACUGCGGGAUCUGCUGGAUAGAGGGUUUAUCCGGGCAAGCAGCUCGGCAGCAGCUGCCCCAGUAUUGUUUGUGAAGAAACCAAACGGCGGCUUACGAUUCUGUUGCGACUACCGCGCACUGAACGCAAUCACGAAGCGUGAUCGUUACCCGUUGCCUCUGAUUGCGGAGACUUUAAACAAUCUGACAAGGGCCAAGUGGUUUACGAAACUAGAUGUCGUGGCCGCCUUCCACAAGAUUCGCAUGGCCCCGGGCCACGAGGAGAAGACGGCGUUCCGGACCAGAUUCGGGCUGUAUGAGUGGCUCGUAUGCCCCUUUGGCCUGAGUGGCGCUCCGGCAUCGUUCCAGCGGUACAUGAAUAGCGUGCUGAAUAAGUACCUUGACGACUUCGUCACGGCGUACCUGGAUGAUGUGUUGAUCUACUCGAGCGGAACAUUGGGUGAACACGAGAUGAAAGUGCGUCGAGUCCUCCGAUCGUUAGCAGAUGCUGGUCUGCACCUGGACCCGGCCAAGUGCGAGUUCUCCGUAAAGGAAGUCAAAUAUUUGGGCUUUAUUGUACGAGCAGGCAAGGGGGUUGCUUGCGACCCUGAGAAGCAACAGGCCAUCCGUGAGUGGCUGGUGCCAACAACCGUAAAAGGUGUCAGAAGCUUCCUUGGGUUUGCGAAUUACUAUCGGAUUUUCAUUCCCGACUAUGCACAGAUUACCAAGGCACUAGAUGCACUAUUGAAGAAAGGAGUCAUCUUCCGCUGGGGUAAAGCAGAGGAUGAGGCGUUUCGAGAACUGAAGCGAAGAUUCUGCGACGCCCCAAUUCUAAGGCAGUGGGAUCCAUCCCUGCAAACCUUCGUGGAAGCAGAUUGCUCGGGCUAUGCGCUUGGAGGCGUAUUAUCCCAGGAAGGAAAGGAUGGGCGUCGACACGCUUGUGCAUUUUACUCGCGGCGGCUGUCGCCCGCAGAGUACAACUACCCGAUCCACGACAAGGAGAUGUUGGCCAUCAUGAGGUGCCUGGACACAUGGAGUGCAGAGUUAAGGAGCUGUGGAACAUUCACGGUCUUAACAGACCACCGCAACCUUGAAUACUUUAUGACGCGGAGAAAGUUGACGGAACGCCAGAGCCGAUGGGCUGCCGAGCUUUCACAAUUCGACUUCAAGCUGGACUACCGUCCCGGGUGUGAGGCUGCCGUGCCGGACGCGCUGUCCCGCCGCGAACAAGAUGCCCCGCAGGAUAUAAAUGACGAUCGUGAACGAGGGCGGGUGAUCCAAUUGAUCCCAGAUAAUUCUAUUCCGGAAUCAACAAGACUACGAAUCAGCAGAAUCGGACUAGAAACACCAACCCCGCCAGAUAUGAAGGUGUUUGAGGCCAGCGAUUUACAGGCGCUCUGGGACGAAAUAAUUAAGGACGACCAGAUAUAUCGGGCAGCGUACGAGGCGGUACGGCAACGAGAGCGGGCCUUUCCGCCCGCGCUAGGGUUGAAGGUACAGAUAUCAGAAUGCGGCAUCGACGCUGGUAAGCGACUGACCUUCAGAGACCGAAUCUGGGUACCUGGAGGCUCUGGAGAGAAGGGGAAUCAAGGCGAGGCGGAAAAGGACACCCUUCGGACGCGCAUCGUGCAAGACUCACACGACUCAACUGCCGCCGGCCACCCAGGAAGAGAGGGGACCUUGGCGAUUGUGGCUCGCAGUUUCUACUGGCCGGGACAGUCGCAGUUGGUUCGACGAUUUGUUGCAAAUUGCGACGUAUGCGGACGUGGCCAUAUUUGGCGCCAGUCGAAGAGAGGGUUCCUGAAACCACUGCCUAUCCCAGACAGACCACGCAGUCAUUUAGCAAUGGACUUUAUUACCGAUCUUCCAGCUACAGGGCCUAGCAAUGCAACAUAUAUCUGGGUAAUUGUGGAUCGGCUUACGAAGGCUGUAACGCUGGAAGUGAUGGACACGAUGGAGGCAGAAGCGUGUGCAAAACGUUUCCUACAAUGCCACUAUAGGUUUCAUGGAAUGCCACGGUCUAUCGUAAGCGACCGCGGGAGCAACUGGCUGAGUCGAUUCUGGAAGAGGUUCUGCAAGCUAGCCGGGGUGACGCAGCGGUUAAGUACAGCAUACCACCCACAGACGGACGGGGGCCCGGAAAGAGCAAACCAAGAGAUACAGGCAUACCUGCGGGCGUACGUAUCAUACAUGCAGAAGGACUGGGGGGACUUCCUCCCAGUGGCACAGCUGGCCCUUAACAACCGUGAAUCCGCAGCGACGAAGAUCAGCCCGUUCUUUGUCGAACACGGAUACCAUGUAGAACCAGUGGCUGUCGAGGAUCCAGCAGAUCCGCCCCAGAGCAAGGAGGAAGGCAAGGCAGACGCCCUUCUUAGCCGUCUGCAGGAAGUCUCGGAGUAUAUGCAGGCUAUGAUUGCCGCCUCCCAGCAGCAACAAGAAGAGGCAACAAAUGCAAAGAGGCAGCCAGCCGAACGAUUUGAAGUUGGAGAUAAGGUUUGGCUAUCGAUGGCGAACUACAGGUCACCACGACCAUGCAAGAAGCUAGAUUGGCUGCACCACAAGUACACAGUCACAAAAGUCAUCAGUUCACACGUCGUGGAGUUAGACGUGCCAGGUUCUAUACACCCACGAUUUCACGUCGAUCUGCUUCGCCGAGCUAGACAAGACCCGGCACCCGGGCAGCGAGUUGACGACUCACAACCGCCGCCGAUACAGGAGGAGAACGGCGUGCAAGAAUGGGAAGUGGAAGAGAUCCUCUGCGCUCGUUGGAAGAACCGUGGACGCGGGAAAUUUAGAGAAGUAUUUGUACGCUGGCGUGGAUAUGCAGAUGCAACAUGGGAGCCAGCGGAGGCUCUACGGGAGACAGAAGCGAUGGAAGAGUUUGAAUCGGUUUACGGCCCAGUCAUGAAGUAUGACGGGCCAUUGGAGAAGUAUCAGACGACUACUGGACCCCGGCGCCACGGUCGGGGACGGAAGGGAGGAAGGGGAUAA